CACGGAGUCCGGCUCUCCUCUGCAGGCCCCUCGCCCCACCUGGGGGGAGCCGCCGGCGCGGGUCGGGGCCAGAGUGGGCGGUUUUCAGUCUUAGCAGGGCUGUUUCCGGGAGGCGGAGCUCAGACUCCCAUUUCCUUUCUCCUGGGGCUGGCGGGCUCCAUCCAGCUCGGGCGGCGGCUGUUCCCGCUGGCCUCGGAGACCCCCGCACCGGCCUACACGAGCCUCCGGCUCCAGGCCCCACGCUGCGCCCAGGCCCCAGCGGCAGCAUGGGCGGCGCCCGGGAGGCGGGCUGGGUGGCGGCGGGCCUGGUCCUCGGGGCCGGUGCCUGCUACUGCAUUUACAGGCUGAUGCGGGGCCAGCGGCGAGGCGGCCACCGGCUUCGGCUCCGUCCAUCGCAAUCUGCAGAAGACUUAACCAAUGGUUCAUAUGAUGAUGUCCUAAAUGCUGAACAACUUCAGAAACUCCUUUACCUGCUUGAGUCGACUGAGGAUCCUGUAAUUAUCGAAAGAGCUCUGGUCACCCUGGGUAACAAUGCAGCCUUUUCAGCUAACCAAGUCGUUAUUCGUGAAUUGGGUGGUAUUCCAGUCGUUGGAAGCAAAAUCAAUGAUCCCAACCACAGUAUUAAAGAGAAAGCUUUAAAUGCACUGAAUAACCUUAGUGUGAAUGUUGAAAAUCAAAUCAAGAUAAAGGUAUAUGUUAAUCAAGUCUGUGAGGAUGUCUUCUCUGGUCCCCUGAACUCCCCCGUGCAGCUGGCUGGACUGAGAUUGUUAACCAACAUGACAGUUACCAACGACCACCAACACAUGCUUAUCAGCUACAUUACAGACCUGUUCCAAGUGUUGCUGACAGGAAAUGGAAGCACCAAGGUUCAAGUUUUGAAACUGCUUUUGAAUUUGUCUGAAAAUCCAGCCAUGACAGAAGGACUGCUUGGUGCCCAAGUGGAUUCGUCAUUCCUUUCCCUUUAUGAUGGCCACACAGCAAAGGAGAUUCUUCUUCGAGCUCUUACAUUAUUUCAGAAUAUAAAUAACUGCCUCAAAAAGGAAGGCCAUUUAGCUAGUCAGUCUACUUUCACUAAAGGUUCACUGUUUUUCCUGUUAUAUGGAGAAGAAUGUGCCCAGAAAAUGAGAGAUUUACUUAAUCACCAUGAUGCAGAUGUGAAGGAAAAGGUAACAGUAAUACCCAAAUUCUAACUGGUUGGUCCUGUUUUUCCAGGGAAAUGCAGUCUGGAAGUAAUGUGCAGAAUUUAGUUUUCUUCUUCCUUCCAAAGGGAUUCUUUUAGCUGCUGAAUUUAAACAGUAAAUAUCACAUUUCAUCAUUUACACAGCUAUACCUUGCCAUGGUCUUGUGGUUUAUUUUGGACCAUUCUAUUGAUACCAAAUGAAUAUAACAGCUUGUUCUGAAACAGUUAUUUCUUUUUAUUUGCUAUUUGCUGAAAUAUGUCAAUUAUUUUCUCUACGUGAAAUGACAGUGACCUUAUUAUGUGUAAGCUACCCUUGUUUCCUGUGAUUUGAGAGCAUUAGUUGAUUAACUAGUUGUUUCAGAACUGCCAUAGGAAUGACCUUGUUCUUUUAGUAGCAGUGAGAUUCUGAGCUCUCCAGUCCACCUGCCAGCCUAGCCGUACUGCUUUCAAAAGUCUGUUCUCAUCAUUAGAAUCUAUUCUAGUCAAUGAAUGUUGUAAAUGUUAAGGAGAAAUGUUUCCAAGUACUCACCCACUCCCAUUCAAUGUGCUAGUAUGUAAGGAUGCUAUGUAUAAAAUACUGAGAUCAUUCAAAAUGUGCAUCUGUAGGAAUUGGUUAAAUCAGUUAUCUAGUCUUAAAAUAACGAAGCAAUUCUAAAUGUACUAAUGUGGAAAGACACCUAUGAACUAUGGAUGUGCUUUUUAAAUAAAAAAUAUUUAUGCUUAUC